UCCUAAAAUUAUCACCAGCCCCCAUUCGUUUUCUACAAAACCCUAAACCCUCGAGCACCUCUGUUAUACAUACAACAUACAUAUAUCCCUAUAUUCACUGUUUCUCUCCCUGUGCGAUAUUGAUCGGUGCAGUAAUGGCCACAGCUGUCUUGCUCCGCUCGAUUCGACGACGCGACGUAGCUUCUGCCCCUCUUGCUGUUUAUAAAUCUUUGGCUGGAAAUGUCAAGCCUUCGUGGGCACCUUCUCAUCUAGGAUGCAAUUGGGCAAGUUUGUCGAGAGCCUUUAGUGCAAAACCUCCCGGUAAUGAGGUUAUUGGUAUUGACUUGGGUACAACCAAUUCAUGUGUUUCUGUGAUGGAGGGGAAGAAUCCCAAAGUUAUUGAGAAUUCAGAAGGAUCUCGAACAACUCCUUCGGUUGUUGCCUUCAAUCAGAAAGGGGAGUUGCUUGUGGGCACUCCAGCCAAACGUCAGGCUAUUACUAAUCCAACAAACACGCUAUUUGGGACCAAGCGUCUGAUUGGUAGAAAGUUUGAUGAUCCCCAGACUCAAAAAGAAAUGAAGAUGGUCCCUUACAAAAUUGUGAAGGCACCAAAUGGAGAUGCUUGGGUUGAGGCCAACGGUCAGCAGUACUCCCCAAGCCAAAUUGGGGCUUUUGUUUUGACGAAGAUGAAAGAAACUGCGGAGUCUUACCUGGGAAAGUCAAUAUCAAAUGCAGUGGUCACUGUUCCAGCUUAUUUCAAUGAUGCGCAGAGACAAGCUACCAAAGAUGCAGGGAGAAUUGCUGGCCUUGAUGUUCAGAGAAUCAUCAAUGAGCCUACUGCUGCUGCACUUUCUUAUGGUAUGAACAACAAGGAGGGGCUCAUAGCAGUUUUUGACCUUGGUGGUGGAACCUUUGAUGUUUCAAUACUGGAAAUCUCUAAUGGUGUUUUUGAGGUGAAAGCAACUAAUGGUGAUACAUUCCUGGGAGGAGAAGAUUUUGACAAUGCUUUGUUGGAAUUUUUAGUGAAUGAUUACAAGAGGACAGAAGGAAUUGAUCUUUCAAAGGACAGGCUUGCAUUGCAAAGGCUUCGUGAAGCUGCUGAGAAGGCCAAGAUAGAACUCUCAUCAACAUCACAGACCGAAAUUAACCUUCCUUUUAUCACAGCUGAUGCAUCUGGGGCGAAACAUUUGAACAUUACUCUGACCAGAUCAAAGUUUGAAACUUUGGUGAAUCACUUGAUUGAUAGGACCAGGGACCCAUGCAAGAACUGUUUAAAGGAUGCUGGAAUAUCUACCAAAGAUGUUGAUGAGGUUCUUCUUGUUGGUGGGAUGACCCGUGUUCCCAAAGUACAAGAAGUGGUUUUAGAAAUCUUUGGAAAAAGCCCAAGCAAAGGAGUGAACCCUGAUGAGGCAGUCGCUAUGGGAGCUGCACUUCAGGGUGGUAUUCUUCGAGGGGAUGUUAAAGAGUUGCUUCUUUUGGAUGUUACUCCUUUGUCUCUCGGUAUUGAGACCUUGGGUGGUAUCUUUACCCGGCUGAUUCCGCGAAAUACAACCAUUCCCACAAAGAAGGGUCAGGUGUUCUCGACUGCAGCUGACAACCAGACCCAGGUUGGCAUCAAGGUACUUCAGGGUGAGCGUGAGAUGGCUUCUGACAAUAAGAUGCUCGGCGAGUUUGAACUUGUUGGAAUUCCACCAGCACCUAGAGGCAUGCCCCAGAUUGAGGUUACAUUUGACAUUGAUGCCAAUGGGAUUGUCACAGUAUCUGCUAAGGAUAAGGCUACAUCAAAGGAACAACAGAUCACAAUCCGCUCAUCAGGUGGUCUCUCGGAGGACGAGAUUCAGAAGAUGGUGAGGGAAGCAGAGUUGCAUUCUCAGAAGGAUCAAGAGAGAAAAGCUUUGAUUGACCUUAGGAACAGCGCGGACACAACUAUUUACAGUAUAGAGAAGACCUUGGGUGAGCACAGAGACAGGAUUCCUGGUGAAAUUGCAAGACAGGUUGAGGAUGCAAUUGUGGAUUUGAGGAGCGCAAUGGGUGAGGACAGCGUUGAGAAAAUCCAAGCGAAGCUAGAUGCUGCAAAUGCGGCUGCCUCAGAGAUCGGAAAGCACAUUUAUAAGGGGGGUUCUGGUGGUGAUUCUGCUUCUUCUGGAGAUUCAGCUUCUGGAGGUUCUCAAGGGGGAGGAGACCAAGCUCCCGAGGCAGAAUACGAAGAGGUGAAGAAGUGAGGUGUUUUAAGAUGCGUAUUUAUUUAUUUUGGGCUGGUUUUAGACCACAUUAUUAGAGAUGCAUCUCUCAUUAUUCGUUUGCAUUUAGGUUGUGAGGUAUUUUUAGUGGGUUUUGUACCCAAAUGAUGGAGGUUGAAUGUAUUAGAAUUAUGAUGUUUUGAUUGUUUCCAACCCAUGAAUGCCGUUGGAAUCCUUCUCAGCUAAAUCAAUAACAAGAAAUUUUCUAUA